AUUACGGUCGUAAUAAUAUUGUGGUUUUCAUUUGUUUCUCUUACUUUCUUUCGUUUUUCUUACUUAAUUAUACUAUACUAAUACUAGAAACUGUUGGUAACGACAAUGGAAGCAGGGUUUUUAAAAGCGACUAGCAGUAACUUGCCCCAAGUCGAUGUUAUUAUGUUGGGUGCGUUUUUCGCAUAUAAUACCAAUUUUUGCUCUGCCGAAUUCCGGAAUACCAAAACUUCAUUAUCAUCUCGUGCAUCAUACGGGGAUGAUGCAAUUAGCUACGUGCAAUUAAAACGUGACGGAAAACUUUGCACCAUAAAAUGUAAAAUAUGUCCAGAGCAUAAAGUGCGCUCCAAACUAUACACAGUGACAUUAGUUAUUGACGAAGAAGAGGACUUGAUUUGUUCCUUAGAGUGCCAUGUCUGCCUAGCUUCCCAUGGCGGUUGCAAGCAUGCCAUAGCGUUUGUCAUGUGGAUUCAUCGCAGGAGUGAAGAGCCAUCAUGCACGUCCACUGAGUGUUAUUGGAAAAAGUCGAAACUGUCACAAGUUGGUACCAGUCUUAAAUGCAUAACUGCAAAAGAAAUGUCCAAGGGCUGUCCUAGUUUGUCAUCGAAUUCGAGUGUGCUUGCAAAGUAUUUACACGAAGCAAGUAAAAGAAAAAUUGAGGACUGUGAAUUAUUAAAAUAUCAGCCCAACUCAAACCUUUCAGAUAAAGGAAUUGCUCCCCUCGUUAUACUCACGAAGAGCCUGCUCGAUGAGUUCCUUGCUAUACCUUUUAUAUCUCUUGCCACGAAGAUCUGGCUUGUAUACCCUCGGCAUGAUGUUUACGGCGCGAUGUGGCGUAUCUGUUUAAAAUAAUCAUGAAGAAAUCUAAGGAUAAUUAAGUACAAGAAAUGAUGUAAUUCACCUUAUGUGAAUUAAAUAAGAUUCGAACACAAAAUACUAAUCUUCGCUACCGUCACUUACGCGUACCAGUUAAAAUUAAACAAGUAAAAGUAAAGUAGAAUCUAGAAUAGCUUAUAUUUAAAUAUAUUAAGAGCGCUAUUACAAAAUCGAAUCGCUCAGGUUUAGGUAAAUUAGACGAUAGCCGGCAGCACU